AUGAGCCCCACGCGCACCUGGUUUGCGCUCCUCCCGGUCACCAUCCUUCUCCUCCUCCUGCAAACCGCGUUCUCGUCGUUGGAUUUCCCUCGCGAUACCCGCUUCGUCGUGCAUCUGCCCGACGCCUACCAGCCGGGCUUCGCCCAGCGGGCCACGGUGCUCGAAGCGGCCGCCGGCGAGCCUCAGCCCCGCUUCUCCGCCGCUCUGAGCGUGCAGGCCGGCAUUGGAGGCGGCUACGUGUGCUCCCUCGUCGUUCUCCUGGGCAACGUCACGGUCUGGGAUUCGGGUCGUCCCCGCCAUGAGUUCGCCGCGCGGUCUAAUUGACAGCUCGAGCUCGCGGGCGACGGGGCGCUGCGUCUGACGGACGGCGCCGGAACCGUCGGGUGGUGGUCCGGCACGGCAGCGCAAGGCACCAAGGCUCUGCACUUGGAUUCCACGACCGGCAACCUCCUUCUCCUGGGACACAACAGCAAAAUGCCGCCGGCAUGGCAAAGCUUCGACAGACCGACGGCCGUACUUCUGCAGGGCCAGCGGCUUCACGUGCCCAGCCCGGUCGCCUUGCGCCUGACAAGGACCUCUCCGGCGUCCUACCAACUCGAGUUCUAUGCCGAAAGGAUCACCGCGUAUCUCGCCUUCGGAGACCGCCGGUACACCUACUGGGAGGUGGCUCCUCGCAACGGCAACGAGACCAUGGCGUUCGCACGGAUGGACGAGUCGGGCCUAACAAUGCUCGACUCUUCCGGGCGGCCAGUGGUGCGAAUCCCGCCGGCAGCAGAGAAAUCGGCCGGCGCCGGACGGCAGGCGGUCAGGUUCUUCGAGCUGGGGGACGACGGCAACCUGGGGUUGUACUCCUUCGACCAAGGCCCCGGCAAGUUCAGAGCCUCGUACAAGGCGCUGGCGUUCUGCGAGCUUCCCCUGGCCUGCGGCGUCCGCCGGGUCUGCGCCUCCUCCGGGCGCUGCGAAGACUUCUCUCUAUACGGCGUGGACUUGCCGCCGCCCCUGGCCUGCAACACGACGUCGCCGCCGUACGACAUGGUGGAGGGGAAAGGAGUGACCACGGUGCUGAAGGCAGACUCGCCGCUGACAAACGUGUCAGUGCAGCAGUGCGUGGACCAGUGCCUUCAAGGCUGCUCCUGCGCUGCCGCGCUCCACGUCAGGGACGGCGACGACGCCGGCAUCGUCGACGACACGGCCGGCGGCGGCGGCAUUGGCGUGUGCUACCAGUACGGGAUGACAGGCGGGGCCAGGGAGGUGAUCGGCGGAAGCCCCCGGUCCAGCUACUGGGUGAAGAUAGCCAAGCCGAGUACAGAUUACAAGAAGCUUGAAGAGCAAGAAGAAGAGUACGGGGCCAGAAUUGCGAUGCACAACAAGCUGCUCAUCAUCUUUGGCGUCGUCGAUGCGGUGGCCAUAUCCUUGUCUGUGGGGCUCGGUGUGUACUAUGUUCGUCAGCGCGCGGUCGACGCUGAGGGAGAAGCAGCAGAGGACGACGAAGGAGUCGCGGAGCCAGAUAGAGAUAGUAAUCGUACUGAUACUGCAGGAGCUGUACAAGGGUCAUAA